AAUUGGCAGCCACCGAUUAUCCUCUUCUUCUACUGUGCAUUGUCCAAAAUGUCCGUGUUAAAUGGCACAACUGCGCCUGCUGCCUGCGCCCCUCUCUCCACGGUGUGCUCGGGCCCGAACUGCCUCGUUCCUCCCAGCAACUUCAACGAGACGCUGGGCCUGAUACUGAGCACCGUGCUCACUGUGAUGCUCGCUAUGGUCAUGUUCUCCAUGGGCUGCACCGUGGAGGUCAAAAAGCUGUGGAGCCACAUCAAGAGACCCUGGGGCAUCCUCAUUGGCUUCCUGUGCCAGUUUGGAAUCAUGCCUUUUACAGCCUUCGCCCUGUCGCUGGCCUUCAAUGUGCUGCCAGUGCAGGCUGUUGUCAUUAUCAUUAUGGGCUGCUGUCCCGGAGGCACGGGCUCCAACAUCAUCUGUUACUGGCUGGAUGGAGACAUGGACCUAAGUAUCAGUAUGACAGCCUGCUCCUCCAUCCUGGCCUUGGGGAUGAUGCCUCUCUGCCUGCUCAUUUACACGGCCACCUGGACGUCCUCCGACACCAUCGAGAUCCCGUUUGACAGCAUCGGUAUUACUCUGGUGGCCCUUCUUAUCCCAAUUGGUGCUGGGAUCUUUGUUAAACGCAGGUGGCCCCACAUAGCAAAAAAGAUCCUCAAGGUGGGGUCCAUCGCAGGCUUCGCCCUCAUUGUCAUCAUAGCUGUGAUUGGAGGAAUUCUCUACCAAUCCUCCUGGGACAUUGCCCCCUCCCUGUGGAUUAUUGGAACCAUCUUCCCCUUCAUUGGUUUUGGCCUGGGGUUCUUCUCGGCCCGUUUUGCAGGUCAACCCUGGUACAGAUGCCGAACCAUCGCACUGGAGACGGGUUUCCAGAACUCGCAGCUGUGCAGCACCAUUGUCCAGCUGUCCUUCAGCCCGGCUGAGUUGGAAGUCAUGUUCGCAUUCCCGCUCAUCUACAGCAUCUUCCAGCUGGUGGUGGCGGUCUCGUGUGUGGGAGCCUACCAGGUGUAUAAAAAGCGCUGUGGCGGGGGUUCAGCUGAUGCAGACAGCGAGGCUCCAGCCCUGGAAGCUGGCGACGGUGACUCAGCAAAAAAGAACGGCCACGCCGUGGACAACAGCGCCUUUGAGUUCGAUAACGAUGACAGCGGAGAGACGGAGAAGGACGUCAAGAAGAUCACCCGGAUGUGAGAUCACAGACGCUGUACGGAUCAGUUUGAACACCCAGGGCCUCAGCCCUACUGCAGACAG